AUGAAGUACAUUUUACAUUUACUUCUUUGCUGCUCCUUGGUGGCCAACACAAUGGCAUCCGGAUCGGAUUUGGAAUUGGUGGAUGCUCUGGUCCAAGUGAUGGUUAACUCGGAAAUGGGACGUCUAAAGACGUGGCACAUUUACACCCACGCCAGUUCCCGGUCGACUGGUGGCCACUUGGAGGAGCUGCUCACCCAGUUGCUGGUGACUCUGCCAUCCAUUACGCAGGCGAGGAGGCUCUUCCGCCAGCAGUCCAUGGAGUUCCAGCCAUAUGUGCAUGCUGUCCUGGCUCUGGUGGACGAUCUUCCGGCCCUCUCGGCGAUUUACGAACACAUCCGAGCCACCCAGGACCUGUCGUACACCCUGAUAUACAUGUCCCUGCCCACGGAUGCGUACGGCGAGGAGAUUCAGCUGGUCCUUCGACUCCUCUGGCGUCUCAGUGUGCUGAAUGUGGGCGUGGUACUGCGUCCGCCGGGUGAGCAACUCCUCAUGGUCAGCUACUUCCCAUUCAGUGCCACACACGGCUGUCAGGUGAUCUCGGCCCAAGUGGUGAAUCGCUACCAACUGUCCUCGGGACAAUGGGCUAGCCAGGAGUAUUUCCCCGCCAAGCUGGGCAAUUUCUAUGGCUGUCUGUUGACCUGCGCCACCUGGGAGGACAUGCCAUACCUGGUCCUGCGUCGCGACGGCAGCGGAUCCUUCGUGGGCAUCGAGGGUGCUCUGCUCCAGUUCAUGGCCCACAAUCUGAACUUCAGCGUGGGUCUCUACUGGAUGAACAAGGAGGAGGUGCUGGCCACAUUCGAUGAGUCGGGCAGGAUAUUCGACGAGAUCUUUGGCCACCAUGCGGAGUUUUCCCUGGGUGGCUUCCAUUUCAAGCCAAGUGCUGGAAACGAGAUUCCCUACUCACAGUCCACCUAUUACUUCAUGAGCCACAUCAUGUUGGUGACCAAUCUGCAGAGUGCCUACUCCGCGUACGAGAAGCUGGCCUUUCCCUUCAGUCCGCUCCUGUGGCGAGCCAUUGGCCUGGUCCUAAUCCUGGCCUGCCUGCUCCUGGUGAUGGUGAAGCGAUGGUGGCGUGGCCAUCAGUUGCCAAGGAAUCCCUACUACGAGCUGUUGGUGCUGACAAUGGGUGGCAAUCUGGAGGAUCGAUGCCUGCCGGGCGGGUUCUUUGGUCGCCUGGUGCUGCUCACCUGGCUGUUCGGCACCUUGGUCCUGAGGAGUGGCUACCAGUCGGGGAUGUACCAGCUGCUGCGGCAGGACACCCAAAGGAAUCCGCCACAAGCCAUCACCGAGGUGCUGGCCCAGCGGUUCACCAUUCAGCUGGCGGAGGUGAACGAGGCCAGGAUCCUGGCCAGUCUGCCCGAGCUGCGGCCCGAGCAACUGGUGCACCUGGAGGGCAGCGAGCUGCAAUCCUUCCCAGCUUUGGCCCGGCGAAGUGGCUCCUCGGAGCGUGUGGCCAUCCUGACGCCAUACGAGUACUUCGGUUACUUCAGGAAGGUGCAUCCGAUGAGCAGGAGGCUGCACCUGGUGCGGGAACGCAUCUACACCCAGCAGCUGGCCUUCUAUGUGCGGCGCCACUCGCAUCUGGUGGGUGUGCUGGACAAGCAGAUCCAGCACGCCCACUCCCAUGGAUUCCUGGAGCACUGGACGCGGCAGUAUGUGAGUGCCGUGGAUGAGGCGGACGAGAGUGUGACCAGGAUCGCCUCCACUUCGUACAGCACCCUGGACGGGAUCGAUGGCGAUCCCCGGCUUUCGGAGGCGGAGGAGCAGCAGGUGGCGCCCGUGCGCCAGAAUGUGCUCUCCAUGCGGGAACUGGCCGCCCUCUUUUGGCUCAUCCUCUGGGCCAAUCUGGGGGCGGUGGUGGUCUUCGUCGUGGAGGUGCUGCUGCCCAGGAUAAAACUUGGCAAAAGGAAACGGCGGGAGUCACUUCCACUUCCACCACCACCCUCCCCAUCCACAACAAAGGACAUCCCCUCCAGCUGCGAGGAGGAUGGCCUCCAGGAUAGUUGGCCAAAGUGUUCGCUGCUCGUAUCGUAA